AUGGCUUCUUAAUAUGAUACAACUCCUUAGAAAAUGCUCUCAAAUUAUAGCACUGAUCAUUCUUAAAGAUAUGUGUCCCCGUGUAGUGAUGAUUCUGACUAGGACUCUUAGAAUCUAAUUAAAUAACCUACGUUCAGAAAAAAGAGUUUUGCAACUCCCGGUGAUAAAUAUGAUCAAUCAGAUGGCAAAAGACAAUAAUUAAGAACUAAAUUCUGCAGGAACUUUCAAGAAAAAGGCUAUUGCCAAUACAAAGACAAGUGUUCUUUUAUACAUGAGCCAUGCAGAAUAGAGAACUCUGCCAGUAGAAGAACUAAGCCUUGUAGAUGUUUCUUUUCAAUGGGUGUUUGCCCUUUUGGUCUAAAUUGUCAGUAUGCCCAUUACGAAGUUAUUGAUAAAGAGGAACUACGAGAUUUUGUUGAAAAGGCGUUUAGGGAAUAAAAACUAAUGGUUCCCCUGCAUCCAAAUAAAUUGUAGUUAGAUAUUAGAAAAGACCUACAAAGAUUUUAACAUUUGUAUAAAAUUUUUGGAAGAAAAUUAAGCUUCAGAAGAGAUGAUUUACUAGUCAAUAUGUGCAGAGAAAGAAAUUCCAUUUUCCUUAGACUUUGCUAAAGUGAGGUACAGGAAUUCGACGAUUUUUUGUAAUGAUUCACCUAAUAUAUAUAUAUAUAAUUAUCCUAUAAUACUA